AAAAAUACAGCACAAUAGCCAAGGCCCAAGCCAAAAUCGUCAUUACGUAUUUGCAUACUAACCACAACUGAUGGAAGAAGUCAUUGUUAUUAUUAUUUAGUAGUGUUUCUUGAUAUCAUUUAUCACACACACAUAUUUUAUAUUAUUACGUCCUUGGAUGAUUUCACGUGGUGCCGCUUGAUAACGUUGUAUAAAAUGAUAACAAAUUGAUAUUUCAGAUUUCGAAUUAUUCGCUUAUGAUUAUUGAUUUUAGUAAUUUUGUUAUUUAUUCUAAUCCAUUGACAUAAUGAAAAAUCUCAAACUACUUAAAUCGCGAUCGAUUUGUGUCGAUCAACUAAAGGGAGCAAAUUCUGUGUUGAUUAUCAACAACGGUGAGCUUUGUUAUUCGACGGAUCAAGCAGUUUGGCGUAUAAAUGUAGGCGAUCAACCGCACCUAGUCAUAGACUUGAAAACAACUGAAACAUAUAAGGCCCAAGACGUGAAAAUAGUAUGUUACAUAUACAACCCACCGUGGGAUUCUUUUCUGGUCAGUUGUUCGAAUGGAGACGUAAUUUUGAUACAAGAAAACAUUGUAGAAAUAGCAUACAACUGUGAACAGCCUGCCAAUCAUUUAAUGUGCAGUCCUGAUUAUGAACGUUUCGUUUUAAUAUCGGAAAAUGGUCAAGUUACAGUCGUAACCGAAUGUUUUGAUGUCUUAAACAACUUCAAUGUGAAAGAAAUCUUGUUGACGGAGCAGCAACUGGUAAAUGUUGGCUGGGGUAAAAAAGAAACACAGUUUCAUGGCUCUGAGGGUAAAAAUAAAAGAAUUGUCAAGGAAAUUGUUGGUGAUGGCAUAGAUGCUGACAAUGCAAUAAAUAUUUGUUGGAGACCCGAUAGUAUGUUUUUUGCUGUUGGAUAUUUUAAUACGACAAAUAAUUUAAGAACAAUUAAAAUCUUUAAUAGAGAUGGCAUUCUUCAAUACAUAAGCGAGCCUCUUCCUGGUAUAAAAGCAGUGUUGAGUUGGAAAACUUCUAAAGAUCUUAUGUCUUUUCCCCAACAAACUGAUGAAAAAUACCUGAUAAGUUUUAUGGAGAAAAAUGGACUGAAACAUGGAGAGUUUGUCAUACCUUCUGAACUUGAAGUCAAUCAGAUAUUGUGGAACCAUGAUUCUUCAAUAAUGUGUCUUCAUUGUGAAUACUCAGGAAAAAUAGAUUGCCUAUUAAUGCUAACUUGCACAAACUAUCAAUGGCAAAUUAAAAAAUGGAUGACGUUUAAACACAAAAUAAUUGCUGCAAAAUGGUUGCCCACUAAUAACUUACAAUUAAUUACCGUAAAUGGAGUUACAACGAUGUUACAUUGGAUAGAAACAUUAAGUACAUCGAGUUCUGGAACGCUAGAUUGGGUAGCUGUUAUUGAUCACUGUUCAAUUUUGCUAACUCCGUUUAAAGAAGUCAUUAUACCACCUCCUAUGUAUCAUUUAAAACUGACUUUAGAUAAACCUAUUGAUUCUGUAUUGUUUUUGCCACAUAACUUGAGAAAAAACGGCAAUAAUAUUUGUGUUGUCUGCAAUGAUAGAAGUAUUCAUUUUUAUGAAUAUAAAAAAGAGUUCAUGAAAAAAAUUUCGGUCAAUAAUAUCACAGACACAGUUGGGCUGAUUGAUCAUUGGUUUUGGUAUGAUGAAAAUACGCUGCUUUUUAGUCUGUCUGAACUUAGUGAUAUUCAUCACAUAUGUAUAUUGGUGUUCGAUGCUGAUAAUAAAAAUAUAACAAAACAUACUGUAUGCCAGCCGGUUAUCGGUGUUACUAAUCAUACACGCGGGGCUCUUGUACAGCUGUCUGACGGAGAUGUGUUAUUGUGGAAUGCCAUGACAAACAAAAUUGAACCUUAUGCUAGUUUGCCUGAAGAAUGCACUUGUAUUCGUGUGAUGGAAGACAAAAUCUACGCUCUUGGUGUUUCCAAAAGACUGUUUGAAAACGACAAAGUGAUUUUGAACAAUAUUGAGUCGUUUUGUUUGCGUUAUCCGUUUGUCUUGGCUGUCACUUUAAAUCAAAGACUUAUCGCUUACAACAUUAAUCCAUCCAAGGACGAUAACGACGAAUAUCAACGACGAGUAGAAACAGGAUCGACAAUAAUAAUUGUUACGGGCAAUUCAGUCAUUCUACAACUUCCUAGAGGAAAUUUAGAAACAAUUAGGCCGAGACCAUUAACGAUUUUGUCGGCUAUUAAUUUUAUUGUCGAGCGAAAAUAUUUAAUGGCAUUUGAAUUGUUACGCAAAGAACGUAUCAACUUAAACGUGCUAUGUGAUCUUGAUCCUGCAAAAUUUAUUAAGGACCUGAGUGAAUUUAUUAACCAAGUAAAAGAUUCGUCUUGGAUCAGUUUGUUUAUUACCGAGUUGGAAAAUAAAAAUUACUUAAACACUGUAUACGCUUCUCAAUUCCAAGAAAACAAAGUGAAAGAAUUAGAUAAUAAGGUGCAUAUGGUGUGUUCUCGUUUGAUAGAUAUACUGAACGAAAAGGACAAAGAAAAAUAUGCAUUUCCAUUACUUGGGUGUUAUGUAAAACUUAAAAAGUUCGAUUUGGCGCUAAAUCUAGCCUCGUUGAACAAUGUCUACUUAAAACAUUUAUUAUUUUUAGUAGACGUAGAUAAAUUAUACAAAGCAUCGCUCGCUGAGUAUAAUUUGGAAAUGGCCAUGCAAAUUAUUAAUAAUUCUCAACUUGAUCCAAAAGAAUAUGUACCGUUUUUAAGAGAAUUAGAAAAAAUGAAUAACCAUUUCAUGAGAUUUACAAUCGAAGAUAAGUUAGGUAAUAAAAUUAAAGCCUUGAAUAACUUAGUGCAGUGCGAAGACAACUACAAACAAUGCUUGGCGUAUAUUAUUGAUAAUAAUUUAUAUACACAUGCGUUGACUCUCUAUAACCAAAAUCAAGACGAAUACAAAUUAAUUGCAACACACUAUGGUGAUUUACUCUACUCCAAAAUGGAUUACAAACAAGCGGCUUUAGUCUAUAGCUACAGUACAGAACGAAAAAAAGCGAUUUCAUCUUACUUAAAAGCCGGAUUUUGGAAAGAAGCAUUAGAAUUAUGUUAUAAAUUAAACUACGAUGAUACGGGUAAAAGUGAAGUAAAAAAAACAAUAAUUUCAAUGCUGUCGUCCACGCAGCGUUACCGAGAGGCUGCAGAUUUUGCGGAACUUGAAUUGAAAGAUACCAAAUUAGCUGUGGAUUAUUGUAUUAAAGCUCAAGAUUAUGUGCACGCUCUGUACUUGGCACAAUCCAGAUUAAUACUUGAUACAAAUCUAGAAAACCAAAUUAAAUCGGCAUGUGUUACGACUGCACUGAAUUUAAUUAAUGAUAUAAUAUUACAACAUGAAAAUUUCAACACACAUAUCAAGCGUUUAGUGGAAGUUCGUAAAGAAAAAUCCAUUGAACCAUCAGACUACGAUAAUUUAAAUGACACAAAUUCAGAGAUAAGUAGUGUAUCUUCGUAUCGCACAUCUAGCACACGAACUAGCUGUAGAAGUGCGAAGAAACAACAACGUAAAAUGUGGAAUUUAAAGAUAGGUAAUUUUAGGGAAGAACCAACUCUAGUCUUGACGUUAAAACAAAUAAUUGAAAAAACUGAAAAAUAUAAAGAUGAAGUUAAAAAUGUUUGCUUUCUGCUGUUAAAAUUAAAUGAAUAUAGUAUUAGUCACUCGCUUCAAAUAACUUUAGAUUCAUUUUUGACUUGUGUACUUGACAAGAAGUCUAUAAUAUGGCCAAUAUUUAAUGAAACUGAACAAGUUUAUGAAGAUGCAAUACUUCUAUGUCCUUUGAAAAUAGUAGCCGACAAAAAUUGGAAAUUAUCAGUAUUAGAAUAAUAUAUGUCAUUAAUACACAAAUCAGUUAUUUAAAACAAUUUUAUAUAAAAUUUAAUAUUGAGUGUUAUUAUAUAAGUUUAUUGUUUUUAACCCUAGCUCUUAGCGGAAUACUGACAAGUAACAAUACAAUUUGAAAGAUAAAUAUACCUCAGGGCUCAGAUUAGAUAAAUUUUCAUCUAUUCUGUGGCUAUUUUAUAUUA